AAUUUCACGGCGCAGGCGGGGAACAAAUGAAUAAUGAUCCCUCAGGGUACGCGGAGACUUGGUCAAUUUAACGUCCGCUUGCUAAGGAACAACGACAUGUAAGUUACUCAGUCAAUUAAGUAUGAAUCGAAAGUGAGACAGGUUAUUCAGUCUAAGAGGUGACUUUGUGAAAUUGAAAGAAGUGGAAAGACGUUAUGAAAAGGAUAGGUAUGUUAUGUUAAUCCAUGCUUUGUCGCUAUAACACGUAUUAAGUUCCGUGUAUUGUGACUUUUAUGUUUAGAAUAACACGCAACUAUAAUUAGGACUCAAUGAAUGUGCUUUUUAAAGCACGUUAUUUUAUAUAACUCUCAAGUUACGCCCAGGCGGUUAUUUACAACUCGUCAUUCGAAGACCUUGGUAGUGAAACUGAAUUAUAGGAGGUAAAGCCAUACAGGCAGGCGAAAACCCGGCGACCGUAGCAAUGGAAAGCUGUAAACAGACCGAUUUAUUCCGCUUUCUCAGUUUCAAGAAAACUGCUUUAUCAGAAGACCGCAGCGGGGAUUGAUGUUCUGAUUACGGUAGAUAUCACAGUCAUAAUAUCAAGUGAACAAGUCGGUCAAGAGAGUUCAAAAGUGUCAUAGCUGGUCAAAUCCUUGAAUCGGAUUAGCGGCGGGAAAAUUCAUUAUAGCCAUAUUCAACAAUAUUCAAAGCUAAUUGCAUGUUCAUUGUUCGUUUGCAUUUUUCUUAGUGGAUUCAGUAUAGUGUAAGUUCUUUUGAAAUAAAUCCCUCCGUCAGUCAGACGCCUUCCAAAUUAAACGAUUUGUUAGCUUCAGCAAGAGCAGCAUUUGCAUAGAAUGACAACAGCUAAAUUAAUAAUGAACAUGAUUAUGGAUAAUUUGAAGUGGUACUGAAUAGAUCCUUGUCGUGUCGUGACCGAGAUACGGUUUAUCGAUUUCUUUGUUGGGAGUUUGGGCAUCAAAAAAUAGCGCAAACAAAGUACGUAGACACGGUGUCGAGCCAAUUGAACGGUAACUACAAAACACUGCUCCAUAUAUAAGUCAUUUGCUGUAAACUUAGUGGUGUCAGACGAAAAGCCGUAUUGGCCACCGACUUUUGAACUAAAGAGACGAAACACAGCUGGCGCCCGGACCAAGCCCAACGGCAUAACUCAAGCGUAUGUACCUGUAUCAAUGUUUUCCGCGAACAAACACAAUUAGUUGCUAACUUUAGCUCAUGUAUAUGGCACAAUCUCAAAUCCAAUCACGCUUUUUUUCUCACACACUGAUGCUUUGUCGUUAUAUUUAGCGCUCAGUAUGAUUUGAUCGUGCAGGCAUUCACUUGUUAUUCACACGGGGUCGGUUAAUAACAAAGGUAUUUUACGCAUCCAUGCUGUUACUGCAUUAGAGGAGCGCUGUUAAAUCAACCUGUGCAUAGUUAGAACACUUACAAAAAAAAGGCAGACUUGCUAUUCUUAUUAUAUAGUUAAUGAACACCAAAGGACAAUGAUAUUUGUCACCUCAUAUGUGUGCUAGCCGAUCAAUUUCUAUUCGUUUAGUUUCAUACUCAUAACAAUGUCUCAUUAUAUUCGCAAAAUAAAGGUAAUUGUACUUUGAGAACUUGGAGCUAAGAGCAUAUAUUAUCACAUCAGAUCUUGUGAAUGGUUAUUGAAAAGAAUAUCGCAAUACUGAACUAAGUCAAAUGUGAAACAAUGUGAAGUUAUUUAGAAACGUGGCCGACAUUCAUACGAGAAAAUAGGCGCGAAUAACAUAACUUAUUUCGUCGUUCGUGCAUCGUUAAUGAAGUUGAAUAAACACGCUAUAAGAUGAUUUGCUAAUGAUAAAAGGAUACAAUUCGACAUUCCUAUUUACAAUUUGGCUCUGGUAUUAAUUGGUCAAGAUACUUGGAAGGUAAUAAUGAUCGGAAGUUUGAAUAAUUGCAGAUUUGGUGGUUACUCUAUUUCUACCAUUACAUAACUUUCUCUUUAUUUCCAGUCUCCGGCACAAAAAGGGACCUGAAAAUUCUGAGGUGAUUACUAGCAAUAUAUGGUUUGGUCAGGGUAUAAUAAGUAAGUUUGGCGAAACACAUUAAAGGACGGUCUACGCGGAGAAAAUGCAUCUUUUUAAUUUUACUUUUGCACAAAAAGAUCCCUUUAUUGAAAAAUUAAUGUUAUGAUGUAUUCUAACUCAGCUUUCGGCGAACUGAUAACGUAUUUGUUGACGUUUGUAAGUCCCUUGUUGGAUUUACCUGCCUUGUAGAUGUCCGAAUGUUACACUGAGUGUUGAGGGGGGAAGCUCUAUCUUGCUGUCACAAAGGGAGAAAUGAUCAGUGUUUUUUUUAUAAGAUAAACUUCGCUGACAAGGAUUCAUUUUGGGGAAGCAUAUGGAAAAAAUUAUUGACGUAUAGCGAUAUUUAAUGAAGAGUAUUUGUAAACACGAAUUAUUAAUCGAAAAUCUCGUUCAUUAUUGAGUGGAUGAAUAAUUGCAUACUGAGCUUCUGAGUUCCAACUUUAUUACGAUCAGUUCAUUUUAGUUAUCAGAUCAAAACGGAAAACUGCCUUCUCUAGAACUGUUACGGCCUUGAGUCACAAAGGAAAGAUACACGAAACACAACGCAUGCAUUUAUGACUUCGCUAGAACUAUUGUAGAUUAGCAUAUGACAUGAAUUCAACGCUUGUGACCCUGCCUACUUAGGCAAAAUUAAGAAAGGAAUCAUAUAUAUUAAGGGGGGGCUUCAUUGAAAUCAUUACUUACACAUUUAUAUAAGAUUCCUGCUUACUCACUUCACGGCUUAGUACAAACGAUUAAACUUGUGCCGUGAAUAUUGAAGCAAAAUGUUUGUCCAAUCAUUAGCACAAAAAAGGAAAUUGGUAUAUUGUAAUAAAUGUCUUAAAAUGCUAUUAACGUUGAUUUGUAGCAAUUAUCUGUCGUUAUUAUUGGCUUAAAAAAAUCCUGCCGGCGAAUAAAUAUUGCGAUAGUUCGGAUUAAUUGCGGUAGCCUAACAAACGAGUGUUUACCAAGGUAGGAGACCGUUCAUCGCUAUCUCUGAGACUAUACGGAACAGUUUACCUUUCACAAUGUAACGCGGGACUUUGUGUUUAUAUCACCGCCCGACUUACCUCUAAUCCAGUGAGUCGGUUCAAUCAAAUGUUUGAUAUUGUUCAAGAAACUUUUUAAAAUUUAUUUAAACUUUGAUCAUUUUUAUACGUUUGGUAUUGUAGCAUGUUUCCUACGAAGGAAAUGCGUGAUUUGCGCCAUUUUAAAAUAAUAAUUCAGAGAAAAUUGCCGUUGCAUUGACCUUGGACGCUUAACAGUAGUUUUAAAUCGAGGCUGUUGUUAAGAUUCAGUGAUUAGUUUGUACGCUCAACGGUGCAUUCUUUCAAGCUAGUGGAGACGACCAAACCAAAGCCCCUCCGUCCUCCCUACUUCGCUACCCAAAGGGUCUCCUUCUCCCCUGGAAGCAAGCUGGUCUUGAUCUCCGACUGACUGUGCCUGCACUUAAGAUUUUAAAAAAAUAUAUCCAUAACGUAAAAAAUUGAAAGAAUGAAAUUGUCCACGUGCAUUUCAAGACAUGCCUGGGGCAGCAGCCCUUUCUAUUAGCAGGGGACAAUUAGCUAAAAACACUUGAACGACAGAGCGGAAAAACAACAAUAUCUUAUAUAGUCAUUUCGAAAGUUCACUUAAAGGACAGCUAGUCACCUUGUUUGUCUCUUAAAGUGCUGCUUUUUUGGGUCCAGAAACAUAUUUCUUUGGACACUGAAACUUCCUUCGACUGGACCGAGUAAGUAUUUAUAUAUUCUUUUUUUACCAAAGUAAGUUUGACUUUAAAAUGCUUUGUCAAUCUCGGUGGAUAGUUUAUUUUGCAAAAUGCGUUUGGUUAAGUGGUUUCGUGCGGGAAUUGAAGUUUGAGAGGUGUAUAUAACAGAGAGCCCAGCCACAACUCAAGUAGAAGGUGUAUAUGAUUUGAUUUUAAUCUAUAAGGGACUCAGUUAAAGUAUCUUGGCAUAUUACAUGUAGUUUAACUCUCCACCACUCCGGCCAUUUCUAUCUCUUACGUGUAAGAAAAAUGAAGACAGAUUUGUUCUCAGCCAUAUUCUGAAACUUGCAAACUUAACUUAUGUUUCUUUAAAUCACUGCGAUAUCAAGUCGUAAAAACGAGCCUCAUGACGAUUUAACUCAGCUUUGUAAAGAUUUUAAGUGAAUAUCAAUGUGUCCUUUCAUUGUCUCGGUCUAUAAAUUCACUGUCAAUGACAAUCGUCAAGGAAAGGCCUGCGUUUAUUGAAAAAAACCGAACACACCGUUCCAUCCCAGCAGAGCAAGCAAACUGUAUUUCCAGAAAGAAUAUGACUUAUCGUCAAUGUGUUUUACCUACUGAAUAGUUCGUGCCGAAGGAGUAAUCAAGCUAAUGGAUUCAGGCAGGAUAAUAGCUUUUACUUACUUAUGGAUUCAAUUCAGCUACCUUGGAAUGCAUCAUUAGUGCUGUGAGGGAAACCACGUGUCACGUGUCUGAUUUCAAAGACUAGGUCUAGAUCAUGCGAACUUCCAUUUUUGGCGAAUAAUCUUUAUCAUCCGCUACGCAAGAGUGAAUAAAAGUGCAAUUAACACCGCGUGCUGCCACGCUAAACUGAGCAUGUUCACUCUACGGAACUGAGAAACGACUACUAAUAUUUAGGAAAAAUUUCUUAGAAGAAUGGACAACACUUUGAUUGACUUCACCACCUUGGUUCGUACACCUGUUUCGUCCGAAAAAGACCAAUUCAAAAAAAACUUAAUAGUGGAAAAAAAUUCCUGACUGUAAUUCGGAAAGUAAGGCUUGGUUAGGAAAUGUUAAUAACAAGAUGUGGGCGUUGAAAUCGCUGAAUCAUAACUCGAAAUGAAGGACAUUCAUGUCGAUCAGUUUCGCCGCGGUAAACGGGCAACUGAUAUGUUUUUGGAAAACUUAACGGUUAACUAUUGUUUAACUUUAGUUACAUGAACAGAACUUGUGUCUCAGUCAUGUUUAGUCUAAAUCUUUAUUCAGUUAGUGGAAAUUCUGCCACUGUUAUAAGUAAUUAAAAUAACUGAUGCGUAACGUUAAUGUUGGUUAGAAAAUAAUGAAAUUCUAAUUCGUUGCGUUUUUCGUAAACAAUAAUGAAUAACUGCAUUUUAAAUGGACAAUUUACCUUGGAAGUCGAUCAACACAAAUCACUUUUCUAACCAACGCAAGUAACAAAAAAAGUAUUAAGAUUUUCUUUAUGAUAUUUUUAAUACUGAUUCACGUUAAAGGGAACCUAUCAGACAACAAAAAUAGAUGCACGUGAAGAAAAAGUAUGAAGCAGGGUAAUUUGCCAAAAAUCCAAUGCAAUGCAAGGCAUGAACCAAAGGACACUAUUGUUUUAUAAACAGAACACCACUUUGCUUUAAUAUGAGUAAAAGUUAUGAGUAAAGUUAUGUUAUAUGUUGCUAUUAUUGAAGUUAUUUUCGACUAAUACAACUUGUAUCCAUAAUCUUGAACUCUUUCAUUGACGGUAGAAUAUACUUAUCAGAAAACAGGAGAUUCAUCUCCGAGAGCUUUAUUCCGCUGACUCCUGUGCCCUUGUUUGAUCUGGCCAAUUAGAAAGCAUUUCUAUACUUUAAAAAUUAUCAUGGUAUCGCUUCUUGUAAUUAUCAAACCCGGCUUUUGCCACACAGCCUUUAAUCACCUGCCACAACUAAAUAAUCAUGUUUUUUAUACUUUCAUUUUCAUUUUGCGUUUCUAACUUAACGAUAUGUCAAUUCUAUUAAUGAUAUCCAUUAUGUGCACUACAUUUAAGGCGUACCAAAUUGCGUUCCUCGGCACUUCCUUUAUCAAAAUAAAACUCCCACGUGGACUAUUAUGUCUUGUCCAAUGAGGUCACUACAGAAACCUUAUGAGAGUGAUGUGACUCACGAUCAGGGUGGUAUGCUGUAAAUAUCUAAAUAUCUUUUCCCUUAAUAGAGCUUGAUAACAAAAAAGGCAUUAGGCAAAAGAUAGUCAUUCUAUGUCAACAUCAUUUUGCAUCGUGCGCGGAUAUUGCCAUGUAAAAUUAAUCGUGUUGAUUUUUAGUUACAUGCUUCCUCAAGAUAUUAUUUUUUCAUCAACGGGAAAAAAAGAGGUGAAAUUAUAUUCAUCUGUAACAUUUUGUUCGCAACGAAACUGAUUCAUGUUAGAGUCAUUAAAAUAUACCGUUGAUAUUGUACAAUAAAAAAUGCAAAUUAGACAGUCUUUGAUGAAUAAAUAAAUAUCACGGCAAUUGCGUCUCACGUCAAAAGCUGACAUCAGUUCAGUGGUUAAAGUUUCUGCUACUUUGAAAAAAUAUGGUGCUUGAAAUUUUUGCCAGCUUAUGGCGAACCAACGACUAAACAAAGCCGCAAAGCGCAAGAUUACCUGAUACAAAUUGAAAUUAAAUAAUCAGCCGUUGGCCAGGGGACAGUGCAACAGACUGUGAUGAAAAACAAAGAGAGGUGGAGGAAAAUAAGAUAAAGGCAAGUGUAGUGGAAUAAGGCAUUUUGCCUGUAUUGUCAAACAUAUGCCAGAGCCAACGGGCCACAGGGAAAUGCAUGUUUUGUUUUUAAGCACACUUUUUUCUGUGGAGUGAAUGUGAUUUAUGCGUCGUUGGAUGACAAUAGUUUUUAGAAUGUUUACAACAAACUUGUUUCAUUUCUUUUCACAAAAUUAAUUCAUAUCUUUUGCACUCGGUUAGAUAUCGAACAUUCAUAAUUGUCCCGCCAAAGAACCACUCUUUUUUUAGUGAAAGUAUGUUUACAUUCACGUGAGGCCAACUAAUAGCAGCUUAUCUGUUUGUCUCAUUACCUUAGUUAUGACCCUUUCAAGAUCACGUUCUUAUAGAUUGUCAACAGUUAACCAAAAAAACGUCCAAUGUAAACUGCGCUUUUUUGUCUUUGAUAACAUCCUUGGAUAAAAUCUGGAUGAAGACAAGGCUGUAUGAAGACCCGAUGCCGGUAUUUUAAUAAGUCAGUUUACAAUAUCUUAUCCACGCAUAUAGGCAGUGAACUUAAGUUGAAAUUCCUUUUUUACGCUAGAAGUUACAUGACGGUUGACUGAAUAGAGCUACGCUCAGGCUACAGGUUAAACGCGAAGGUUUAAACAAGACUUGGUCAAAACAAACACAAUACCAGCCUGAUUUACAAAUCUCUUGACAGUGUUGUGUUGUGGUUAUUUUUCGUGACCCAAUAUCGCUUAAUAGCAGUAAUAUACUAUCGAGUUUGAAUAUGUUAAGUAUAAAUCACUUUCAAACCAAAAGAAACUGCACAAGCGUCACCAUACUCGUUCGGAAAGAGUCAUCUGGUUUUUCACACAAGAGGUUCUACCCAGGCACCAUUUUUCAGCUACAAAAGACAAAAUAAUUGUUACCGCACACANCAAGACUUGGUCAAAACAAACACAAUACCAGCCUGAUUUACAAAUCUCUUGACAGUGUUGUGUUGUGGUUAUUUUUCGUGACCCAAUAUCGCUUAAUAGCAGUAAUAUACUAUCGAGUUUGAAUAUGUUAAUUAUAAAUCACUUUCAAACCAAAAGAAACUGCACAAGCGUCACCAUACUCGUUCGGAAAGAGUCAUCUGGUUUUUCACACAAGAGGUUCUACCCAGGCACCAUUUUUCAGCUACAAAAGACAAAAUAAUUGUUACCGCACACACUUUUUUUCAUCUACCGUAUUGUUCGUAUCUUAGCCACCAAUCACACCGUUAGCAGACUGAUGAGCCGUGACUACGCAUUAUGCACUAUGCAACAACGUGCUCAAGCAACUGCUGCUAAGGAUUAUAUUAGAACUAUAAGAAUAUCAAAAAUAGGAAAAUAACAUCUUAAAAAGAGUGUUAGAAAGUAUCUAGUGAGAUAGCACAGAAAACACGCUGUUAUUGUCUUGAGUGAAGCCUCUCCGCAGAGUAUUCCUUGCUUACAUAUCUGUGCAAAAAUUGGGCGUGUUUAAAGUCGGCAAGUCGGCGAGUUUCUAGGUAUUUUGUACUCAUAUCGAACAAGCUGAAUGAAAAUAAGACUUCACCCACUUGAAAAGAAAGAAAAGAUCAAGAGCUGGUUUAAAUUAUGCUGCGACUAGGGAUGUCAAAAGUUAGUUAACGUAGUCAAGUCAGUCCAUGAUCUAUCCAACAACGUCAAUGAAUGCCUGUGAAAACAUACAACAUUUACAAAAUCUCUCCGGCAUCUUACACAGAAUACCACGUAACUUAAAAUAGCUCUGAGUCAAGUAAUAAGUUCAUCAGUAAUAAAAACGAUUUGGCCUAAAGCCACCAAGCUCCCGGGCCACCAUUUUACGUCCUUGGCAAAUAGCAAUUGCGAAAACAAUUCUUGCCUUACGGACUCAUUGUUACAGAAUAAUAUUCAAAACCACGGUCCCAAGAUAACCAAAUUUUUACACUUCAUUUUUCCUGCGGUUAGAUUGUUUACCAUGUGAUCACAAGUAUCGAACUGAAAGUCUCUACACAUUUAGCCCCAAGGCAUAUUAUAAGGUAGUCGUAGACAAAACUGUGCUUUAAACUUGUCAUUUCAAACAAUAUCCUUGAGAACGAGAGAGGAUAAUUACCCCUUUGCAUUGGUCCUUUCUUUCUCAAAACUAAUAUGAGACUCAGAUAAAGACGCACCAAGUUUUUACCAUCUUUUUCAGGGAAACGUAUAGUUUCCAGUACUCGUCUGGUUAUUCCUGAGGUGACAUUGGUUUGUACCAAUGUAUCGUAGCGUUAGCUUGUUAAAUGAAGCGCAUUUGGAAAGGCCAAAACCAUGCGAAGUAAGAAGACCAGUCCACUACAACAAUAAGUUUUAAAACACCAAAGAUUUAAAAACAGGUCACUGACAAGUAAAAACAAAACUUAUACGUAUGUGCUGAUGUUAGUAUUGAAUAUACAUUUUAAAGUUUACAAAGGAGAGACUUGAUGCACUAUGCCUUCCGCCUUUUGAAUAUAAAAUUCCAUCAAUUUUCAUUCUGUCUUGUUCGUUUGAAUGACAAGAAAACACUGCUUUUAUUAUGGAAAUGGAAAUGCCCUUAUCCUCAAGGUUAUGCGCUAGUCAACGGAAAAUUCGAGGUGAUACUAAAAAUCGAAGGCGUAACAAAACGAGGAACGCAACAUCGCAGAAGUCCGACAAUUCGAGGCUAGAAAUGGUUGCUUGAUACUGACUGGCCCGGCGAUAAUCGCUCAAUGCCAAACUUAGCACUUCCGUCCCUCAUUACUUAUCCUAAGUUUCUCAUUCUCACUGUUCACGUAACUUCCUUGCAUAGGACGCUUCGAGACGUGACUGCGUAGGGAAGGCAAACUUCACGCAAAAUUACCAACAAUUAACCUGCCUGUUUUAAAAUUGUUUUUUUUGGUCGUGCACAAGUGCACAUGACGCGAGGAAAUACGCUGGAUGAAACUAUUGAAGCAAAUUACAAAGACUGACUACAGCACAAAUAACAAAGUAAUUCAAACAAGAUGGAUACUUUUCAAAACUAGUUCUCACAAAGAAAUUGUGCAAGACAUGCGACAGGUAAACCACAAUUUAAGCUACAGUUAUUUUAGUUAUUAUUGCACGAAGAGAGAAAGUUAUUAAAAACAUUGACGAAGAAAGCAAAGUAUUUUUGCACCUUUAAGCUGUUGUGUCGUUGGCCAUAAUUCAUUUUUUUAAACAGUUAUCACUAAGGCAAUCCUUAUUGACCAAUACUUUUUACUGUCAUUUCCACAACAGCAAUGCUGCACUGCUAAACUAAAAGCGACAUUAACUGGAAGUCUGGAAGUUGUUAUUUAAACGCUCAAAUCUCCUAAAAAACGAUACGAGGAAAAAUACUUAUCAGGGCAUAAGACUAUUUCCACUUUAUAUUCAGAAAAAGGUUUCCAUUUUCCCCUUUCGUGCGCGGCUUAAUGCAUAACAUGAGAACGGCUUACUUCAGGUUAUUGUCAGUAAUUCUGAGUAAUUGUCUUAGUCCGCGGUCCGUUGGAAAUUUUCAGUAACCAAACGAUGAACCAUUUUUCUCAGUGCUUUGUGUACCAGCCAACUGCCGAAAAAACAGCUUUUUCAGUCCAUACAUCUCUAACUAACUAUGUUGUCUUUUCAAAAAGUUCUCCAGUGCCCCGAUAAAAAGCAAUCUCUCCAUUCAGCUCAUUUUUUAUCUUUCGUGAGUAAUAAAUAACAAAGUCUUUGUUAAAACCGACACACAAAUCCGUGUAAUACGUUGCAUCCUAAUACUAUUUCCAGCAAUUGAAUAUUAGCCAGUCACUUGCUUUCACGGAAAUCGGUGGAAUUCUCACAUCUCGGAAUAAUUAUUUGGUUCUGCUCGCGGCUGCAAUUGAGUGGAAUUUAAUUUUAACAAUACAAAAGAAAAAUCUUUUCAAGAGGAAAUCCUUUUCAGGUGUUGCAAGAAAACCACGCCAAUCCAUUGUAAUGGUUAAGCCUUAGGCCAUGUAUCAGUCCAACACUGUAUAGCUGUCAUUGGAAACCAAGAAAGGCAUGAACGAAUACAAAUUCGCAUUGCAUUCAAAACUCUGAACUGCUGACAAGAACCACCUCAGUUGUGUAAACGAGUGAGUUGGUGAGUUUGAUUGCCAAGAAGCGGCAUCUUCGGCAUCAUCUUUUGUGCGAUCAGUGAAUGUUUUACGUAUCACUGAUCAAAUACGCAUCAAGGUAGUAUUCUUCUUUCAUUGCGUUUGGUUUCUUAUGCUUCCUUAACCAGUUUAUGCGGCCUCCAGUACGAGUGGUAGUUGAAGGUAGUAUACUAUCUCCUCAGGUGUUGAAAAUAUAUUUCUUACACAAAAAGAGGAAACAACUGUAUUUCCUCUUCUUACUAUUAAUAUUUUUUUGUAGAGUAACCCAAUUUUUCGCCUCUUCAUUAACACAUGAAUUACCACCCAGUUUUUGUAUGGGGUGCCCAUUUUUUUUCUUACUUUUUGCUUGCUUUGACUCCAUUUUAAAGGGUUCUGUUUAGUUCUAUUAAUACAUGUAUAAAACGACAAUUUUUGAACAUCGUGUAAUUUCAACAGAAUUCUUAGUGGACCCACUUCAAUUCAAAAAACGUAAAACCAACCAAUAAAUUUAAAACCAGCGUCUAAACAGGAAUAAAAAAAUGUAAAUAUACGGUGCGCAUCUAGAGGAGCUCGGCGACCCUGCGUUCUAAGAGAACGUUCAUAUCAUUUAAGAAAAAAAAGUAAUUUUAGCAAACGAAAUUGAACAUAACCAGUAGGCUUUAAGCCAAAAAUAAUUAUCUUAUCUAAGGAUGAAUAAACGCCUGAGUCAUUAUAUAAACACGAAAAAAUAAAUUUUACAAGGCAUAUGUAAAAACAACACGUAUUGUAUCCAAAAACGGCUGUGUGAAUUGCACAAUAGACCUUUUUACCGAUACGGCGGCCAUAUUGAAUUAAUUCGAUUUAAGGAGUAUUAAAGAAUGCCCAGGGGGCAUGAGCACAUUUCGCUUGUAUUUUCCGGCGCUUUUCGGGACAUUUUUUCUUAAAGUUUUCUUAGAAUAAGAUUGUAAUGGGAAAAAAGAUCCUUGUGCCAUGUUUGGAUGUAAUAAUGAUCGCCUUUUUCUACAGUGUAGUUAUGUAUUAGAAAUAUGGUCUUUCACUGUAUAUUUCUCCGGAAAAAGGCGAUCAUUAUUACAUCCAAACACGGCAAAAUGAUCUUUCUUCCCAUUACAAUCUUAUUCUAAGAAAAAUUUACGAAAAAAUGUCCCGAAAAGCGCUCGAAAAUACAAACGAAAUGUGCUCAUGCCCCCUGGGCAUCCUAUAAUACUCCUUAAAUCGAAUAAACUCAAUAUGGCCGCCGUAUUGGUAAAAAGGUCUAUUGGUGUAAAAGCAUGAGUUCAUCGUGUAGCAACACGAAUAAUUAUAUAUUCAUUCACAAAAUGAAAGCUGAGCAACAGUUAGAGAGAAUAUAUUAUAAAUGAGACUACUGAGGGCAAUUUUAAGGACAUCGUAAUUCGCUUCUAGUCUCCUACACUUAAAAGAAUAAGGUUUGUAAUAAGAUGCCAGUAUGGAACUUUCUAGGUGCGACAUUUACAACAUGAAAAUUACUAUUAAAGAUCACAGCCAAGAGAAAGCAUAAAAGAGCAAGCACGAUCAACCUUAGACUGUGCAAAAAUCUCCGGGAAAAUACCCUGCCAAAGCUGCAUUUGAUGAUUAAUUUAUGUUUUUCUCACUUUCUCUACUAGGACUGGACGACCCAACAGAAAAAAAAGAAAAAAAAGAAUUUCUGACAAACCAGCAAAACUAUAUCAUUCAGCAAGGAUUCAGUUGGAAAGCGGGAAGAGAGUUACAGUCUUCAACCUACAACGCGUCAAUUAGACUACAUAUCGUUUGUUCCCUUAAAAGCUGAGUAGUUCGCUGAAACGCGAAGAAAGGAAGCGAACAGAAUAUUAGCAGUGCCAGUACUGUAGGCCACUUAUUCUCGCCGGAAAUUUGUCAAGAACUAAACAUGAAUAACACAACUCAAAACGACAUGAACAAUGCAUCUCAAACGACAAGUGACGACCUAGGUGACGUGGAGAGACACAUUCUUCUGGCAUUUUACUCCACUGUGUUAGUGCUAACCGUGCUCGGAAACACUCUGGUAUGCGUCGCCAUUUAUGUCGACCUGCGCUUGCGCAGUCCAACUAACUGGUUUAUAGCAUCAUUGGCAGUGAGCGACCUUUUUUACGGGCUCGCAGGCCUACCUUUUCGUAUUGCAUCCAUGCUAAGAGUCAUGCCUAAUACUGCAGUGUGCUCGCUAUGGGUUUGGAUAGACAUGAUAUGCGCCGCUGCCUCUAUGGCUAACUUAGCAGUGAUAUCAGUAGACAGAUAUUUAAAAAUAACCAAACCAUUUGCUUACCAUAAAAAUAUGACAAAACGGCGCUCGUUUGGUGCUAUUGGCGGCGUGUGGAUUUACGCAUCCACUCUAGCGUCGCUGUCUAUUAUCAGGUGGCCUGGAGCGGGAGGCGUAUAUGUGGAUCCCGUUACUGGAAUGUGCCCGAAUGACAAUGGAGUGUUCUAUACUGUGGCUAACAUUGUGGCUUUCUUGGUUCCGCUUAUUGUGCUUUGUGUUAACUACUCAAUGAUUUUGCGGACGGCCUGGAUUCAGUUCAAAAAAAUGCAACACAGUAUUGUGAAUACCAGCAGCAAAGAAGAUAAACGUAAACAGAAGAGUGUUACGCGGGACUUCAAGGCCACUAAGACCUUGGCUAUAGUUCUGUUAACCUUUACUAUCUGUUGGGCACCGUUUUUCAUCAUGUUCACCAUCCAACAAUACGACCCCCUAUUCCUGGCGGGCCUUCCACAAGAUCUAGGCAACGGUAUUAUUUACACCGUCUACUUUGUGCUACCAAAUAUAAACAGUGCGUGCAAUCCAGUGAUCUAUGCAUACUUUAACAGUGACUUCCGGCGUGUGUUUAAAAGGUUAAUGUUCUCUGCCUGCGAUAAGGAUCUUCGUAACUAUGGAGGCCGCACUAAGAGAAAAAGCUCGUUAACUAGCUUUUUCCAAAGCACUUUUGUAAGACGAGGAAGUCCACCGACGCCCACGGACGAUGGAAAUCACAAUUACAAUCACAUUCACAGUCCGUCAAAUAACCAUGAUGAGAAGGCCUUAUUCAUAAAUGGAGACACUGUGAUUACAGAAGUGUGACACUGGCCAACGUUUGUGAGGAGUUAUAAUCAAAGAAGUCAAACAACAUGACCCCCAGAGAUCAUGUGACAUGGUCACGCAAAAGCAUCAAACAAAAUGGAAUAUGAGGGAUCAAAUGAGGCCACACUGAAACGAGCUAAAAUCUAUGUUGUGCAGAUCAUUACGGUGAAAAUAACGAUCAAGCUACGUUAAGUGGCAAAGGAAUUACUUCUGUCACCGGUAAUGAAAAGAGGCAUGAGCCGAUAUGAGUCAUUAAAAAUGGCCAUACAAAUCAACUGGAACAUUCUGAAAUUAUCACUAUCAUUACCAUAGUAUAGAACAAUAUUACAAGUCGUUUGAUACUUAGUAGGUUUAUCAUGCUGCUAUGUUACAUACCUUAAAAAGCAUUACCAAAGGGGUAAAUCCAGUUAACUGCAUCCAUCACUUUAAGUUUGUUUCAGUAGCAUGGAAAUACAUCCAAUCAAGUGAACUGUGUUAUAUGAGAGUUUAUCACUGACAGAAAGGAUGCCUAGGAUAAGUAGAGGAAUAAAUAGAUAAUAAGGUUGCAUUCGAUUGGGAAAUCUGGAUUCAGAUUUUGAAACCCGGAUUUCGGAUUUUGCAAUCAAAGGCGAAAUCCAGAAACAGAUUUCACCUCUGAGAAAUCCGUCCUCAGGGUGGAUUUCAAUUAAGAAAUCCAAAUCCGGAUUUCAUGGAUUUCCCUUUUACCGUUCGAUUGGGAAAUCUGGAAAAGGAUUUGCAAAACUAUUCUCGUGAACAGCGUUCUUCUUUUUACUUAUUAUGCAAACGCAUGCAAGACCGCUGUUCUUAAGGACAGUUUUUCCAAUCCUUGAAAGGAAAUCCAAAAACAGAUAUCCAAGGGUUUAAAUCCGUUUUCGGAUUUCACAUUCGAAUGAAAAUUCAAAAUCCAGAUUUCAAAUCUAAAACCAGAUUUCCCAAUCGAACUGCCUUCACUAUUUUUCAUCAUUAUUUUAGGCAUAAUGCUUCAUAUAGUGAUACAUACAGAAUAUAAAUGCUACAAAAAGGGUUGCACAUGUGAAGAGGUAUUCUUAAAUGAAGUACUCUAGACUUAAAACAUUACACACCUAUACUGGAAGGGAUUAAAAAAAAAACACAAACUUGCAACCCAUUUCUAGAGCUAAUUAUAUACUCAAUCAAUAAUCCCCUUAGUUUGCACUAGUCAGACGUUCACAAGACAAUUACGCAAAAAAAAAUGAAAAAGCAAGACAGCUGUCUUUAACUCUUGGUCGCAAAAAGUCUUUCUGGUCCACAGUAUUUGACUGACCAUAAAGUCAUGUUGAUUGUGCACAUAAGUUUGCGCCCUCUCAAAUGCAAAUGAAAGAGAGGAUAACUUUUUGCUAUCUUACUCAUUAGAGCUUUGUAAGGAGAUACUGGGCGUGAUCCAUUCAACCAAAAUUCAGACCAGUCUAACCGUGAAAACUGUCCCACCUCAAAAGGUGGACCAGUUUUUUUGAAACUUUUCCGCUUGGACUGAAGCGAUCCAUUGAGUUUUGGACCAAAAUUUCCAGAAAUUUUGGUUGAAUGGAUCGUGCCCAUCGUAUACACAACGGUCAUCAGAAAAAAGUGAAAGAAUUGUAUAUUAUUAAAAGAUAGAUACAUGUCACAGCUGCUGUAUAGCACAUUAGUUAUAUAUAUUAAAUAUAUUAGUGUACAUAGCAUUUUUUCAAAAAAUAUAUCAGUCAGAUUGCCUCUUUGUGUUAGCAAUUUUAGUUCCUUUAUUUUUGAAUAGCACAUUAGUUAUAUAUAUUAAAUAUAUUAGUGUACAUAGCAUUUUUUCAAAAAAUAUAUCAGUCAGAUUGCCUCUUUGUGUUAGCAAUUUUAGUUCCUUUAUUUUUGUUACAUGUAGUGUCCAAUUUUAAAUUGUCAUAAUGAAACAGAGAACCUAAAUUGCAUGUUAUCAGUCUUGGAAACAUUAUUUUCUUGGACACACAAAGCCAAAAUUGGUGCGGGUCUGAUCAAGCUCAAAACCUCUUCUUGUUAUUCUUCAAGUUUAUAAAAAGUUGUAUCGUCCAUGGCUGGCCAUAUACAGCUGUAAAGUGUUCAAAGAAUGUAAUGUUUGAAGAUUUUCCACAAAUGGAACAGUCCAUUAUCUUGUCAUAGACAUGCACCUUACAGAAGGCCUGAUUUGAAGAGGGCUUUUCUUGACUUUUUGAGCUCCCAACCACUCCUCUGACCCUUGGUGAAGGGCAGGAUUAAACAGAUACCGAUAGGCCAUUUCCAAGUCCUAAAUACCUUCACUUUCAAAGGAAAGUAAAACCUUUCUUAUGAUUAUGACUUUAAUUUACAUUUUCAUAUCAAUGGCUUCGCACUUGGCCUCAGGCCAUCCCCCUUUUUUUUCGUUAAGCGCCAAAUGCAUUUCCUGAUAUUGGGUCCGUCGGUCGGGAUGAAAAAAAAAAACCUAAAAAAAAUCACAAGAAGUCUCGGAAUAGGAGGCCCUGGUAUCCCGGGACGAUGUUAAAAGUUAACAAUCACAUAUUUGGAUUAUGAAAUUGCACAGUAUACUGUAAAAACUGUUCAUAUUUUUCUUCCUGUUUUUCUCAAUGCUGUUACUAUGCUCAUUUUUCAGAUUAAAAGAAUUAUUUCAAGUGAGAAAUGGAUUAACUGCCUAGUUAUUUAUUAUUUUUUUUUGGAAAAAAAUGCCAAAGAUUUGGGUCGGUUGGACGAAGGCAAACGGAGAAAAAAAAGAGGAUGGCCUCACUUUGAAAUAUGGGCUUGGGGCAAUUGAACUUGGAAACGAUCUAUUCAAGAACCUCGUGACUGGGUUUUUCUAAAAGAGUACAAAAAGUCCGUCUCUUUUAAGAACACGGAAAUGAGAUUCCUUCCAAAUCACUUUACUUUUCAAUGUUUAUUUGAAGAUUUUACAUCAGAAUAGACCUUGUCACAGUUUUCAACGCCAUCUCGCCGAGUAGGCAAACCCGUGAGAAAUUACAGUGUUUGUAUGAGAAUCUAAUUUCAAAUAAUUUCCGUAAAACGACUCUUUUAAAAAAAUAUAUGAACUGUAAACUAAAGCUUCACUCUUAAGGAUUCUACUGAAAAAAUUUGAGGUCGUUACAUGCGCUAGAAGAACUAGAACCUUUUUUAAAAAUUUUCUAUACAUUUGUCUGUAAAAAUUUCCCGGGAAAAAUUGCAGACAAAUAUAUGGAAAAUCUAAAACAAGCUUCUGAAGAAAUUUAAGCAUAGUAACGGCCCCCAAAAUUUGUUUGUAAAAUACUUUGCUGUGUAGCUUUAGUUUACAGUUCAUAUUUUUUCCAGAACAGCCGUUUUACGGAAAUUAUUCGACAUUGGAUUCUCAUACAAACACUGUAAUUUCUCACGCGUUUGCCUACUCGUCAAGAUGGCGUCGAAAACCGUGACAAGGUCUAUUAUCAAGUUCCCUGCCUAACAUGGCAUCAGAGACAUACGGUGAUACCCCUGCAUGUGCUCUAUUCUUAAUCAUGCUAUUUUCCCCACUGCCAGUGUACAAGAAAUGCAGACUACAGACUAAGAAACUGUCAGGUAAACAAUGUCAUGUAAUGCUCUCAAAACUAUGGAAGACUUAAAGUUUACAAUAGAUAUUUUUUGCAGAACAGCCGUUUUACGGAAAUUAUUCGACAUUACAUUCUCAUACAAACACUGUAAUUUCUCACGCGUUUGCCUACUCGUCAAGAUGGCGUCGAAAACCGUGACAAGGUCUAUUGCAGACUGAAAAUAUAUACCAGACAUUUACCUUUGCUCGUCAACAAGCUGCAGUAGCUGCUCAAUUUCCCGCCAAGUUUAAACCGAGGCUCGCAUGGCUUAGCCCCAGGGCCCACGCGGCUGACCUACUUGUAAUUUUGAUGGGUUUGGGGGGGUCUUGAGAAGGCAGUUUCUUUCACAUUUCUUCCUAUUUGCGUACAUAAAUACGCAUAAUUUAGGCGAAGCGAAGAAAUUCAUUUGGACACCAUCCCAGGCGAAGAUACUUACCUUAGAGGUGGGACUCGCCCUGCCUUUCCAUGAUGCAAAGUCAGCUUUGAAGAGAGUACAAGUAAACAAAUAUUCCUCUCAUCACAAUCUCUAACUUUUUAAACAUACCCUUCCCUAUGAUAUCAGUAAGGAAUAGAGAACGAAAACGCGCCAACCCAUAAUGAAUUAUUGUACAAAGAUUAUAUCUUUUAUAAGGGAGCUCUGACCACUUGAUGUAUUUGCUCCCCUUUUGGCUAAAGGCUCCCGAACAAGUUCUAGGCUAGGUUGAUGAAAAGGAAUCUUUCCGCGCGCGGCGUGGCCGCUCCAAUUUGUCCCCAUUCCAUUGUUUCCGCACGCUUUCGUUCCCCUGCGCCAGCCUUCGAGCAUUUUACAGCCUAGACUUUCUCCAAGUCCUCCGCUUCGCAUUUCCGGUUCCGGCAGUUGGCCCUAGCGCGAAGGACGAGCUCUCACUCUCUCGUUCGCUUAUCAUUACUUAUCCUAAGUUUCUCAUUCUCACUGUUCACGUAACUUCCUUGCAUAGGACGCUUCGAGACGUGACUGCGUAGGGAAGGCAAACUUCACGCAAAAUUACCAACAAUUAACCUGCCUGUUUUAAAUUUUUUUUUUUUUGGUCGUGCACAAGUGCACAUAACGCGAGGAAAUAGGCAGGAUGAAACUAUACAAGCAAAUUACAAAGACUGACUACAGCACGAAUAACAAAGUAAUUCAAACAAGAUGGAUUCCUUUCGAAAAUGGUUCUCACAAAGAAAUUGUGCAAGACAUGCGACAGGUAAACCACAAUUUAAGCUACAGUUAUUUUAGUUAUUAUUGCACGAAGAGAGCGAGUUAUUAAAAACAUUGACGAAGAAAGCAAAGUGUUUUUGCACCUUUAAGCUGUUGUGUCGUUGGCCAUAAUUCAUUUUUUUUAACAGUUAUCAUUAAGACAAUCCUUAUUGACCAAUACUUUUUACUGUCAUUUCCACAACAGCAAUGCUGCACUGCUAAACUAAAAGCGACAUUAACUGGAAGUCUGGAAGUUGCUAUUUAAACGCUCAAAUUUCCUAAAAAACGAUACGAGGAAACAUACUUAUCAGGGCAUAAGACUAUUUCCACUUUAUAUUCAGAAAAAGGUUUCCAUUUUCCCCUUUCGUGCGCGGCUUAAUGCAUAACAUGCGAACGGCUUACUUCAGGUUAUUGUCAGUAAUUCUGAGUAAUUGUCUUAGUCCGCGGUCCGUUCGAAAUUUUCAGUAACCCAACGAUGAACCAUUUUUCUCAGUGCUUUGUGUACCAGCCAAUUGCCGAAAAAACAGCUUUCUCAGUCCAUACAUCUCUAACUAACUAUGUUGUCUUUUCAAAAAGUUCUCCAGUGCCCUGAUAAAAAGCAAUCUCUCCAUUCAGCUCAUUUUUUUAUUUUUCGCGAGUAAUAAAGAACAAAGUCUUUGUUAAAACCGACACACAAAUCCGUGUAAUACGUUGCAUCCUAAUACUAUUUCCAGUAAUUGAAUCAGUUAGCCAGUCACUUACUUUCACGGAAAUCGGUGGAAUUCUCACAUCUCGGAAUAAUAUUUGGUUCUGCUCGCGGCUGCAAUUGAGUAGAAUUUAAUUUUAACAAUACAAAAGAAAAAUCUUUUCAAGAGGAAAUCCUUUUCAGGUGUUGCAAGAAAACCACGCCAAUCCAUUGUAAUGGUUAAGCCUUAGGCCAUGUAUCAGUCUAACACUGUAUCGCUGUCAUUGGAAACCAAAAAAGGCAUGAACGGAAACAAAUUCGCAUUGCAUUCAAAACUCUGAACUGCUGACAAGAACCACUUCAGUCGUGCAAGUGAGUGAGUUGGUGAGUUUGAUUGUCAAGAAACGGCAUCUUCGGCACAUUUGUUAUGCGAUCAGUGAAUAUUUUUUGUAUCAGUGAUCAAAGACGCAGCAAGGUAGUAGUCUUCCUUCAUUGCGUUUGGUUUCUUAUGCUUCCUUAACCGGCUUAUGCUGCCUCGAGUGGUAGUUGAAGUACUACCGUCUCCUCUUGUGUUGAAAAUGAAUUUCUUACGCAAAAAGAGGAAACGAGUGUAUUUCCUCUUAGUAUGUUACAAAAAACAAAUAAUCGAUGUUAUCUUACUAUUAAUAUUUUUUUGCAGGGCAACCCAAUUUUUCAUUAACAAGUUUGGUUUCUCCUUCCACCCUCUGGCACAUAAAUUACCACCCAGCUUUUGUAUGGGGUGCCCAUUUUUUUCUUACUUUUUGCUUGCUUUGACGCCAUUAGAAGGGGUUCUGUAUAGUUCUGAUAUAAAACGACACGUUAUGAACAUCAUAUAAUUUCAACAGAAUUCCUAGUGGAUCCACUUCCAAUCAAUAAACGAAAAACCAACCAAUAAAUUUAAAACCAGCGUCCAAACAGGAAUAAAAAAAAUGUAAAAAUAUGGUGCGCUGCCGCAUCUAAAGGAGCUCGGCACGACGCUGCGUUCUUAGAGAGCCUUCAGAUUAUUUAAAAAAGUAAUUUUAGCAAAUGAAGUUAAAUAUAAUCAGAUGGCUUUGAGCAAAAAUUAUUAUCUUAUCUAAAGAUAAAUAAAAGCCUGAGUCGUCAUAUGAACACGAAAAAAAUGGAUUUUACAAGGCAUAUGUAAAAACACGAAAAUGAAUACAGACGCAAAACGUAUUGUAUCCAAAACCGGCUGUGUGAAUUGCCAAGCAUCGGUUCAUCGUGUAGCAACACGAAUAAUUAUAUAUUCAUUCACAAAAUGAAUGCUGAACAACAGGUAGAGAGAAUAUAUUAUAAAUGAGACUACUGAGGGCAAUUUUAAGGACAUCGUAAUUGUUUUCUAGUCUCCUACAACUGUAAUAAGAUGCUAGUACGGAACCAGAGCUCUGGUACGAAACUUUCUAGAUGCGACAUUAACGAUUUGAAAUUACUUUUAGAGAUCAUAAGCCAAGAGAAAUCAUUAAAAACCAAGUACGAUCAACCUUACACUGUGUAAAAAUCUCCGGGAAAAUACCCUGCAAAAACUGCAUUUGAUGAUUAAUUUCUGCUUUUCUCACUUUCUCUAAUAGGAUUGGAAGACCCAACACUUAACUGAGAGGAAAAAAAAAGAAUUUGUGACAAACCAGCAAAACUAUAUCAUUCNGACAAGAACCACUUCAGUCGUGCAAGUGAGUGAGUUGGUGAGUUUGAUUGUCAAGAAACGGCAUCUUCGGCACAUUUGUUAUGCGAUCAGUGAAUAUUUUUUGUAUCAGUGAUCAAAGACGCAGCAAGGUAGUAGUCUUCCUUCAUUGCGUUUGGUUUCUUAUGCUUCCUUAACCGGCUUAUGCUGCCUCGAGUGGUAGUUGAAGUACUACCGUCUCCUCUUGUGUUGAAAAUGAAUUUCUUACGCAAAAAGAGGAAACGAGUGUAUUUCCUCUUAGUAUGUUACAAAAAACAAAUAAUCGAUGUUAUCUUACUAUUAAUAUUUUUUUGCAGGGCAACCCAAUUUUUCAUUAACAAGUUUGGUUUCUCCUUCCACCCUCUGGCACAUAAAUUACCACCCAGCUUUUGUAUGGGGUGCCCAUUUUUUUCUUACUUUUUGCUUGCUUUGACGCCAUUAGAAGGGGUUCUGUAUAGUUCUGAUAUAAAACGACACGUUAUGAACAUCAUAUAAUUUCAACAGAAUUCCUAGUGGAUCCACUUCCAAUCAAUAAACGAAAAACCAACCAAUAAAUUUAAAACCAGCGUCCAAACAGGAAUAAAAAAAAUGUAAAAAUAUGGUGCGCUGCCGCAUCUAAAGGAGCUCGGCACGACGCUGCGUUCUUAGAGAGCCUUCAGAUUAUUUAAAAAAGUAAUUUUAGCAAAUGAAGUUAAAUAUAAUCAGAUGGCUUUGAGCAAAAAUUAUUAUCUUAUCUAAAGAUAAAUAAAAGCCUGAGUCGUCAUAUGAACACGAAAAAAAUGGAUUUUACAAGGCAUAUGUAAAAACACGAAAAUGAAUACAGACGCAAAACGUAUUGUAUCCAAAACCGGCUGUGUGAAUUGCCAAGCAUCGGUUCAUCGUGUAGCAACACGAAUAAUUAUAUAUUCAUUCACAAAAUGAAUGCUGAACAACAGGUAGAGAGAAUAUAUUAUAAAUGAGACUACUGAGGGCAAUUUUAAGGACAUCGUAAUUGUUUUCUAGUCUCCUACAACUGUAAUAAGAUGCUAGUACGGAACCAGAGCUCUGGUACGAAACUUUCUAGAUGCGACAUUAACGAUUUGAAAUUACUUUUAGAGAUCAUAAGCCAAGAGAAAUCAUUAAAAACCAAGUACGAUCAACCUUACACUGUGUAAAAAUCUCCGGGAAAAUACCCUGCAAAAACUGCAUUUGAUGAUUAAUUUCUGCUUUUCUCACUUUCUCUAAUAGGAUUGGAAGACCCAACACUUAACUGAGAGGAAAAAAAAAGAAUUUGUGACAAACCAGCAAAACUAUAUCAUUCAGCAAGGAUUCAGUUAGAAAGCAGGAAGAGAGUUAUCCUCAACCUACAACGCGUCAAUUAGACUACAUAUCGUUUGUUCCGUUAAGAGCUGAGUAGUUCGCUGAAACGCGAAGAAAGGAAGCCAACAGAGCCUCAGCAGUGCCAGUACUGUAGGCCAACUAUUCUCGCCGGAAAACUGUCAAGAAGUAAACAUGAAUAACACAACUCAAAACGACAUGAACAAUACAUCUCAAACGACAAGUGACGACAUAGGUGACGUGGAGAGAAACAUUCUUCUGGCAUUUUGCGCCAUUGUGUUAGUGCUAACCGUGCUCGGAAACACUCUGGUAUGCGUCGCCAUUUAUGUCGACCUGCGCUUGCGCAGCCCAACUAACUGGUUUAUAGCAUCGUUGGCAGUGAGCGACCUAUUUUAUGGGCUCGCAAGCCUACCUUUUCGUAUUACAUCCAUGCUAAGAGGCAUGCCUAAUGCUGCAGUUUGCUCGGUAUAUGUUUGGAUAGACAUGAUAUGCGCCGCUGCCUCCAUGGCUAACUUAGCAGUGAUCUCAGUAGACAGAUAUUUAAAAAUAACCAAACCAUUUGCUUACCAUAGAAAUAUGACAAAACGGCGCUCGUUUGGUGCUAUUGGCGGCGUGUGGAUUUACGCAGCCACUCUAGCGUCGCUGUCUAUUAUCAGGUGGCCUGGAGCGAAAGGCGUAUUUCUGGAUCCCGGGAAUGAAUUGUGCGUGAACGACAAUACAAUGUUCUAUACUGUGGCUCACAUUGUGGCUUUCUUGGUUCCGCUUACUGUACUUUGUGUGAACUACUCAAUGAUUUUGCGGACGGCCUGGAUUCAGUUCAAAAAAAUGCAACACAGUAUUGUGAAUACCAGCAGCAAAGAAGAUAAACGUAAACAGAAGAGUGUUACGCGGGACUUCAAGGCCACUAAGACCUUAGCUAUAGUGCUGUUAACUUUUACUAUCUGCUGGGCACCGUUUUUCAUCAUGUCCACCAUCCAACUAUACGACCCCCUAUACCUGGCAGACCUUCCACAAGAUCUAGGCAAUGGUAUUAUUUACACUUUCUACUUUGUGCUACCAAAUAUAAACAGUGCGUGCAAUCCAGUGAUCUAUGCAUACUUUAACAGUGACUUCCGGCGUGUGUUUAAAAGGUUAAUGUUCUCUGCCUGCGAUAAGGAUCUGCGUAACUAUGGAAGCCGCACCAAGAGAAAAAGCUCGUUAACUAGCUUUUUCCAAAGCACUUUUGUAAGACGAGGAAGUCCACCAACGCCCACGGACGAUGGAAAUCACAAUUACAAUCACAUUCACAGUCCGUCGAAUAACCAUGAUGAGAAGGCCUUAUUCAUAAAUGGAGACACUGUGAUUACAGAAGUGUGA